AAAUUAUCUAAUACUUACGGUAGAACAUGCUGUCAGUGGUUUGAUGCGGAGUGCUGUACUUUUCAACUCCAGUACCCUUUGGAUUAAAAUGAACUUUUAACUAGUUUAAAUGGAGAAAACUACCCCAAAACUCAUACUGUUAUUUAGCGGGAAGCGAAAGUGUGGCAAGGAUUAUGUUACUCACUUAAUUCAAAAGAGAUUAGGUCCUGAUGCAUGUUGUGUCCUACGCUUGUCUGCACCGCUCAAAUUACAAUACGCGCAGGAGAACGGACUGGACUACAAGCAGUUGCUCGGGUCUGGACAGUACAAAGAGCAGUACCGAGCAGAUAUGAUAGCGUGGGGUGAGCUGCGGAGAAAGAGCGACCCUGGGUUCUUCUGUCGCCUGGUGCUGAAGGACGCCACGCAGCCCAUUUGGAUUGUGAGCGACACCAGAAGAUUGUCAGACCUGCAAUGGUUCCGGAUGGAGUAUCCAACCCAAAGCCACUGCGUUCGGGUUGAGGCCUCGGAUCAAACCAGGAAGGAAAGGGGCUGGGAAUUCACACCAGGAGUAGAUGACGCAGAGUCAGAGUGUGGGCUCGACACAGGAGUAACAUUCGACUGGACGAUUCGUAACGAUAAAGACGGACCACCACUGGAUGAGCAGCUGAAUGAAUUGCUUUCAGUGGCCUUGGAGAAAGCAGCAGUGAGCGAUAUGAGUGACUCACAUUCAAAAUGAUUACCAGUGUAAUUACCAGUGAUUAACAGAGCUGAUACAUAUAUAUAUAUAUAUAUAUAUGUGUGAACAAUCUAUGUGGUAUGAAUGUUUGACAACUGACUUUUUGUGUCAGUGGAAUAAAAGUUGUGUUAUUACAACAGAAGUCCACCAGGUGUCAAUGGCAGACCUUUCAAUAGAGGUGUGGCAAGACUGCAAAAGAUAAUGGAAAUCAGAUAACGUGACACAAGUGCUUUUCGGGAUGUUCUGAAACACGAACUUCAAAAUGUGGUUCAUGUAGAACAUACAAUAUACAAUAACGGAUUCUCACUGCAUGUCCGACAGAGGACUGAAGGCCCAGUGAGGUUCCGGUAUCCAAGAUGCUGCAUUACACCAACACUGGAAGUCUAAUUCACUGUUAUUUAUGGAAUGUAACUUUACUGCCUCUAAACAGCACUGAAUUGCAAAUAUGUACAAUGUGCAUCUAUGUCCAUAAAAGGCAAAUCAGUAACAUACCUAAGAUGUAUAUAAAAGUCUGGUAUAUCAAUAAGAAUCAUGGUCCUUUAUUUAAAAAUCACUUGUCCACAUUCUCCUUUGUUGCGAUUACAAUGAAAUAUUGACCGUAUCAAAAUGUUUACAUCUCCAGCUCAGGUGUUCCAGUUUAAAAACAAGUUUUUUUCCAGUUUAUUUAGCAGAAUAAUCACUCUUCACCCUACACUGGGAAGUCAAAAAAAAAAAAAAAAAACUUUGCAAAUGCAUCUCCCUUUAACUUUUAAUUGGCCCCCUGUGUUCCAUUUUGGCAGUGGCAUAGUUUGAUCAUUUAAUACUCCCCCCCCCCCCCCC